UCUGGAUUAAGAUGGCGGCGGCAGCGGCCCGGCAGGCCUGGGUAGCUGCGUUCGCUGCCCCGGGGCUGCAUAGGCGAUUCCAUCGAAUAAUGAUGAGUCCACACACCAUUAAGAAACAGCCUCUCCAUUACUUUGUACAAAGACCUCUUAUCUCACUACCUGCAAGCUUAUGUACCACAGUAAGAAACAUGUUUAUUCAAACGCAAGAUACUCCAAAUCCCAACAGUUUAAAGUUUAUUCCAGGAAAACCAGUUCUCGAGACAAGGACCAUGGAUUUUCCCACACCAGCUUCAGCAUUUCGCUCCCCUCUGGCUAGGCAGUUAUUCAGAAUUGAAGGAGUAAAAAGUGUCUUCCUUGGACCUGAUUUCAUCACUGUCACAAAGGAAAGUGAAGAGUUAGACUGGAAUUUAUUGAAACCAGAUAUUUAUGCAACAAUCAUGGACUUCUUUGCAUCUGGCCUACCGCUAGUUACUGAGGAGACAGCUUCAGGAGAAGCAGGAUCUGAAGAAGAUGAUGAAGUUGUAGCAAUGAUUAAAGAGUUGUUAGAUACUAGAAUACGGCCAACUGUGCAGGAAGAUGGAGGAGAUGUCAUCUUUAAAGGUUUCGAAGAUGGCAUCGUGCAACUGAAGCUCCAGGGUUCUUGUACCAGCUGCCCCAGUUCAAUCAUUACGUUGAAAAAUGGAAUUCAGAAUAUGCUGCAGUUUUAUAUUCCAGAAGUAGAAGGUGUAGAACAGGUUAUGGAUGAUGAAUCAGAAGAAAAAGAAGCAAACUCACCUUAAAAUAAUUGGGACUUUCUUUAAGCCCGCAGAAAUGUGUAUCUUGAUAAUAUAUAUACCAAGCUUUUAUUAUUAAUGCUAAGGAACAUUAAUAAAAUAGAUCCUUUCUUUAGAAAAUAUGUAAAUAUUCCA